GCUUUAUAGGGCAACAGCCUCAUUGGACAGAUGUCUGUGAGGAUACAGAAGCCCUGCUUCCCAGUCUACCCUACUGGACUCACAGCCAGGCCAUGGCAGCCCUGGCAGCUGGACUAUCCAAGCAACGUGCAGCAGCUGAGGGCCUUGGCUCUAACCAGAAUGCUGUGAAGUAUUUGGGCCAGGACUUUGAGACGCUGAGAAAGCAAUGCUUGAACUCAGGGGUCCUAUUUAAAGACCCAGAAUUCCCAGCAUGUCCGUCAGCUUUGGGCUACAGGGAUCUUGGACCAGGCUCCCCACAAACCCAAGGCAUCGUAUGGAAGCGACCCACGGAAUUGUGCCCCAACCCUCAGUUUAUUGUUGGUGGAGCCACACGCACAGACAUCCGCCAAGGAGAUCUGGGAGACUGUUGGCUUCUGGCGGCCAUUGCCUCCCUCACCUUGAGUGAGAAGCUGCUCUACAGAGUGGUUCCCAGGGACCAGAGCUUCCAGAAGAACUAUGCAGGCAUUUUUCAUUUCCAGUUCUGGCAGUACGGAGAGUGGGUGGAGGUGGUCAUCGACGACAGGCUCCCCACCAAGAAUGGACAGCUGCUCUUUCUACACUCAGAAGAGGGCAAUGAAUUCUGGAGUGCUCUGCUGGAGAAAGCUUAUGCCAAGCUCAAUGGUUCCUAUGAAGCUCUUACUGGAGGCUCCACAAUUGAGGGGUUUGAGGAUUUCACAGGUGGCAUCUCUGAGUUUUACGACUUGAGGAAGCCUCCAGGCAACCUGUACAACAUCAUCCGGAAGGCCCUCUGCGCAGGCUCUCUGCUGGGCUGCUCCAUUGAUGUCUCAAGCGCAGCCGAAGCAGAAGCCACCACCAGGCAAAAGCUGGUUAAGGGCCAUGCAUACUCCGUUACUGGAGUUGAAGAGGUGGAUUUCCAUGGCCGCCCAGAGAAGCUCAUCAGGUUGAGGAACCCGUGGGGUGAAGUGGAGUGGUCGGGAGCCUGGAGUGAUAAUGCACCUGAGUGGAAUUCCAUAGAUCCUCAGAAGAAGGAAGAGCUGGACAAGAGAGCAGAGGAUGGCGAGUUCUGGAUGUCCUUUCUGGAUUUCUUGAAGCAGUUCUCCCGACUGGAGAUAUGCAACCUGUCCCUGGACUCUCUGAGCACUGAAGAGGUGCACAAAUGGAACCUGGUGCUCUUCAACGGCCGCUGGACACGAGGCUCCACAGCUGGGGGCUGCCAGAACUACCCAGCCACUUACUGGACCAAUCCCCAGUUUAAAAUCCACUUGGACAAGGUGGAUGAGGACCAGGAGGAGGGCACCAGUGAACCCUGCUGUACAGUGCUCCUGGGUCUGAUGCAGAAGAAUCGCAGGCGUCAAAAGAGGAUCGGCCAGGGCAUGCUGAGCAUAGGCUACGCCAUCUACCAGAUUCCCAAGGAGCUGGAGAGUCACACGGAUGCUCACCUGGGCCAGGACUUCUUCCUGGGCCACCAGCCCUCUGCCCGCUCCAGCACCUACAUGAACCUUCGGGAGGUGUCCAGCAGGAUCCGACUCCCCCCAGGACAGUACCUGGUGGUGCCGUCCACCUUUGAGCCCUUCAAGGACGGUGACUUCUGCUUGAGGGUGUUCUCAGAGAAAAAAGCCAAGGCUCUGGAAAUUGGGGAUGCCGUAGCUGGAAACCCACAUGAGCCACAGCCCUGUGAGGUGGAUCGAGAGGAUGGACAUUUCUGGAGCCUGUUUGAGGAGUUUGCAGGCAAGGAUUCUGAGAUCAGUGCCAAUCAGCUCAAGAGGGCCCUGAAUGGAGUGUUUUCUAAACGAACAGAUAUGAAAUUUGAUGGCUUCAACAUCAACACUUGCAGAGAAAUGAUCAGCCUGCUGGAUAGCGAUGGGACUGGAAGCCUGGGACCCAUGGAGUUCAAGACACUCUGGCUGAAGAUUCACAAGUAUCUGGAGAUCUACCAGGAACUGGACCACAACCAUGUGGGGACCAUUGAUGCCCAUGAGAUGAGGACAGCCCUCACGAAAGCAGGUUUCACUCUCAACAACCAGGUGCAGCAGGCCAUUGCACUGCGCUAUGCAUGCAGCAGGCUUGGCGUUGACUUUGAUGGAUUUGUGGCUUGUAUGAUCCGCCUGGAGACCCUGUUCAUGGCUGUGCUGUGUGCUGGUCUGACCUGGUGUUUUGGACAUCAGCAACUCACUGCCUCCUGCUUGUCUCUUUGCAAUCUUAUGAACAUGUAUCCUCAAGUGGUAUUUACUGACUGAUUGUCGCAUUGUUCCAGCUAAUCAUUGUUCCUGAGAUACUGGCCUUUCCCAACAGAGCUGGCUGGGGAGCCCCAGAUCUCUCAGCAGCACAGAACUAUGAGCUAUUUGAGCUGAUCCCAGGGCCCAGCAGAAGGAAAGCAAUCAAUUAAAGUUGUGGGCCAGCGUGGUGUCUGCCUUCCUCUAGAGAUGUGUAACCGCGAGGGGCAACCUGGGCUUUUCAUGCUAUGGGAAAAGAUAGGACUGUAAGCUGCCAGAAGGCUGAGAAGAUGGAUAGUUUCUUGGAGGGGAGACCUGCUGGGAGCUGGGCUGCUUCUGAGAGUUCUUGGGAGAAAGAGGUAGAGUUUCAGCUCCUCCAAGAAAGGGCACGGGCUGGACGUAGGGAAUACCAUCGCUUCUCUCCUUAGAGACAGAAUGUUCUUAGCGGAAAAGCAGCUAGAGGGCUAGUGCAGUUCAGGUGAGUUUUGCUUACAAGUGAACACAGGGCUGUCUGCUGAUGCAUUAGUUACUUUUCUG